AUGGCAGACAAAGACUCCUUCCUCCAUCUCGCCCGUCCCCUCGGCCCAGCUCCCGUUGGCGCUCAGCCCUCGACCGCUCCAUUGGGCGUCGUCAUCCAGCCCCAGGCUAUCUUCUCAAUUCUUGACCACUCUCUCCGCCGACCGGCCGACCAGGAACGCGUGAUUGGCACUCUUUUGGGCACCCGCAGCGAGGAUGGCACCGAGAUCGAAAUCCGCAACUGCUACGCAGUGCCGCACACCGAGACGGCCGAGCAGGUCGAGGUCGAUAUGGACUACCAGAAGCAGAUGCUCGCCUUGCACCUGCGCGCGAACCCCCGCGAGGUUUUGGUUGGAUGGUAUGCGACGAGCAGUGACUUGAACACCUUCUCCGCCCUUAUCCAAAAUUUCUACGCAGGCGGACAGCAGGGAGACGGAACAUGGCCGCACCCCGCCGUCCAUCUGACUGUCUCCACCGUUCCGGGCCAGGACAUCGAGAGCAGGACGUACAUUUCUGCGCCAAUUGGCGUGACUGCUGAGCGCGCCGCCGACUCGUGCCUUUUCAUCCCCGUGCCCCACGAGAUCAAGUACGGCGAGGCAGAGAAGUCCGGUUUGGAGCUCAUCUCAUCUGCCAAGGACCGUGAGGACCGAUCGCAACCCAUCAUCACAGACCUCGAGGCGCUGGAGCGUUCCGUGCAGCAGGUUUUGGACAUGUUGGAGCGUGUGUCAAACUACGUUAACAACGUGUUGGACGAGGAGGCUCAGCCAUCAUCGGCGUUGGGACAAUUCCUCAUGAACGCACUCAGCCUGGCACCCAAGGUUGACCCUGCCGACAUUGAGCGCGACUUCAACAACCACAUCCAGGACGUCCUCCUCGUCUCAUACCUUGCCAACACCAUCCGCACUCAGAUCGAUCUCUCCAAUCGCCUCGCCACCGCAGCACUCACUCUCGGCACUGGCGACGCGCUGACAGGCGAGGGCGGCGAGAAGCGCGAGGGCGGCGACAACAACAGGCAGAAAGGCGACAGGAGGGGCGGCAAGGGCAGGCAGCAAAGAGCGCAGGAAGCAUGA